UCUAUUUUUUUUCCUUUUUAUUAUGCAGUAUUGUUAUAAUGGUAUUUCCAUCUCAUAUAGAUAUUUAUUAAUUUUUUGCCCUUCUAGAUAUGGUAUAGCAUAUGAUUUCCCAAUGUGUCUCUCUUUAGAACUUUCUUUUAAGAAGAUUAAUGUAUGCGAAUGGCUGUUCCAUUUGUCUUAAAAAGUCUAUAUCCAAGGCACAGGCAUCAUCCUUAACUAGCUGAGAAACUCCAUAGGGUAGAAUGAUGCAUGGUUAUUUGGACAUCCAUGGAGCAAUCAUCUCUAGUGAGCUAGUACAGAACAAAUUUACUUUUUUAGAGUGUAUCAUCAAGCUUAUCUUUGGCUCCCAACACGCUUCAUAUCCAUUAAUGGCAUAUACAAAGAGGCCAAGGGGAUGAUUUGUCACUGUAUAGAAUCUCUAAAAGCUAAUAAUUUGUUUGCAUACUUCAGUUUUAAAAGCCUUCCAGAUGCAAUGCCUUCAAUGAAGUAAUGUUCAUGCCAUGAUUCAAGGUUAUUACUACUAUCUAUUAAUUAGGCAAAGAGAGCUGCUACUCGACCAUUCCAUUUUCACAAAAUGCUAGCAAAGAGGGCUGUAAUAUUUGUACAUCUUUUGUUUUUUAAUUCAUAUGUUUGUUUUCUGUCUUGUCUUUUCCUGCAGUGUUAGUUCUCUGACAAACUAACCCUAUCAUUGUGUAGCCUUGAUAUAGAACCUCUCUGCAAAAAAUAAAAGCCUGGGAAAAGGAAAAAGGAAUCCCGUUCAUGUAUGACAAGGUAAGAUUGCUAGAGACCUUGGAAGAACAUACUGUGCUCAGGCAUCAGAGAGAGGAGAAGCGGCGAAUAUGGGAACAAAAGAGACUGCGGGAGCAGUUUGCUGCCAAGCACGAAGUACUAUUUGGGAGUAAGCCCAGCCCAAUGCAGCAGGUAACAGGGAAGAAGCCUUUGGGUCAGAGCUCCAACGCGAACAUGGUAACUGGGACAUUGACUUCUCGUUGUGUCUCAACACCUUGGCUCGGCUACCCUUCUACACACAGGCCCCAACCGUUGAGCAAUUCUAUGAAGAAACCUGGACCCUCCCAAUUUAGCUCAUUUGAGAAGAAAACAAAGAAUAGUACAUCUCUGACAAAAGGAAGGAAGCCGUUCAAUGCUACAAGUCCUAGCACCAAAUCUAUCAAGGAAACUUGCGUGCCACCCAUUGCUACUAAUGCAGAAUCUAAGAUUCCAGAGGGGAGAAGCCACCUUUCUUUUCUCCCUCUGUUUCACCAUUGAAGCAGAGGGGAGAAGCCAUUUAGGCUAAAAGGACACUCGUUUGCUACAAAGCUGGUUUUUGUAUCUAAGAUUUAGGACCCAAGAAGGGCUUUAAAUUGAACAACAAAGAAAAUGACAAAUUUGGCUCUACCGAUAUAUGCUAAGAUCUUUGACACUGAAGAAUAAGAAAUGCUAAUGUUAAGAUCUUUCGCAUUUAUAACGCCAUAAUAUUUAGAUAUGAUAGUGGAACAGUUAGAGAAAACUAGAAUGUUAGAGGGAUGUCUGUUUCAUGUGAACAAAACUUUUCAACCCAAUCUGGACAGGGCCAUCUAUAGCACAUUGAGCUGAUAUUUUUACGAGACAGCCCCAUUCUAGAAUGUUGUGCUGAUUGUGAUUUGUGAAUAGUUUUAACAGUAAUCCAAUAAUUAAUGGCACUCACGAAUCAUAUAAAAAGAUAUAAUUGACUUUUCAAUCUUUGGCCGUAUUGGUUCUGAAAUCAACAAUGAUGUCACUCCUACAGUCUAUGGUAAUACCUCCUGAUAUCUGCUGCCAUAUGUGUGCAUGCAGGAUAAUAAGUGAACUGCCACUGUGUCAACCUUGUGCAUAGACUAGUUAUAGUUAAAUGACAAAUCACUGGGCAAUUGACAUGGAAAGUAAACCUGCAAAGCCUCCUCCUACGAACCACCUUAGUUUUUUUCUUUUUUCUUUUUGUUUUUUGAGCAACCCACGAGAAGACCCUAUUAACCUUCACCACAUUCAGGCCUGCGAGACCGUACAUUUUUAUUUUUCGUUUGAAUGCGAAAGCAACAGGCAAUCUUAUAUAUUUUUCCCCUUCGCUGCAUGUUUAUGGUCUGAAAUAAGAUAAGAAAUUUGUGUUGAAAUAAUUAGAUUGAAAGGGCUUAAAAUGCUCUUCGUAUUCAAGUUUCUCUCACAAUUAGGGCUUCUAGUAAGUAUUUGAAGUGACAGCUAAUUAUUUUUUUCAUGCUUUAUGGUACUAUCUUUCUUUUUUUAUUCUGAGGAAAACUUUAUGGUAGUAUCAUAUCUACUAUCUCCUAUAUUUGACAUUCUUGUUGAACACAGUAUUUUUGGUGUUUUACCAUUAAAGGGGGAAAAGAAAAAUCAGAUCUAUUUAUUUGAUUAUGUAAAGGACAGACAUUUGUUAGACAGUCGAAUUUAUACUUUAUGAUUCUAACGAAGAAAAGAGAUGUUAGUAACAUUUCUUGUUAACCUCAAUAAAAAAGGGAAAAAUAGAAAAGUGCACUGUUGCUUGUGUUUUCCUUCUCAUACGUGAACACUUGUUAGGUCUUGUAGCUUAAUCUAGAUUCCACUUCGAUAAUUUUCCAGAGUAGACAACCUUGGUGGUGGUGUCAACAAUGGCCUUGAUGGCAUCAAGGAUUGUGGUUCCUGUUGCAAAGGAUCGCUCGAAGUUCAAAACAUUACCAUGCUCUGCAAUGUCUGAAA